GAGGAAUUUGGCCGAUGAGAUCAGGCAGGCUCUCUUUCAUCAAAUAGCAUUUAAUUGUCCUUUAUUAUUCAAUUAAAACAGCUCAGUGACUCAAAUAUAUAUUGAAUAAAAUGUGAAUAAUAGUCGGAUAUCGAUUGAAUACACGUUUGCCGUUGAAAUUCUGUGCUAAGUUAAUGUUAUGACAGCAUAAAUAACAAGACUGACAGUUUAGUUUUAACAAUUCAUCAUGGGCGAUGGAAGAGAUAUUGAACGACAGCCAUUGAUUCAAAAUGAUGGAACUGGAAGCCUUAGGAAUCAAGGAUCCUAUACGGAAGGUUCUCAAACCACGACGGUUUCACCGAUAGGUCCUGAUGAAUUGCCUCCGUCGUACCAGGGAAGUUCGGCCAGUGGCGUGCCAAUGGUCACUUGCAGGGUGUGUCAGGCCAUGGUCGAUAUUUCAGGCAAACGAGAACAGCAUGUCGUCAAAUGCAAUCAGUGCAAUGAAGCCACACCUAUACGCAAUGCUCCACCAGGCAAGAAGUACGUUCGAUGUCCAUGCAACUGUUUAUUGAUUUGCAAAAGUUCAUCUCAAAGGAUAGCUUGUCCGAGACCAAAUUGCAAACGCAUAAUAAAUUUAGCACCUAGUCCUGUGACACCACCAGCUCCUCACGGUGGAAAUUCUUCGUUGCCAGGAAUGUGCAGGGUUUGCUGUGCUCAUUGUGGGGACACGUUUCUUUUCAACACCCUAAACAAUGCCCUCGCCCGGUGCCCACACUGUCGCAAAGUGUCUUCGGUCGGGCCGGAUUUCUCUCGGGGAAGAACCAUCCUAUUUCUAAUCAUAGGCACAGUUUUCUUCGCGAUCGGCCUGGCCAUCACCCUGGGAACCUAUGCAAUGGCCAGGAGCAAUGGGGGCAUCUACGUGGCCUAUGUGGGAGCAUUUCUGGUAGCUUUACUCAUGUUUGCGAGGAGCGCUUACUAUUGGAGGAUGAGAGUCAGCGUGAUUGAGGGUCCGAUGUAA